AUGGCUUCCCGCCUUCUCCUCGCCACCUUGGCUCUCCUCUUCGUCGCAGCCGCAGCGCAGAACAACGAGAUCAUGCUGCCGGCCUGGCCAUCCUGCUCGACGACAGACAACUACACCGACGGCAGCCAAUACAAGAAGAACCUGGACCAGCUCCUCUCCAGGAUGCCCACGGCGGCCGGCGACAACGGGUGGUUCUACAAUGGCACCGCCGGGACGGGGGCUGACGAGGUGUUUGGCCUCAUCAUGUGCUACGCCGACCGCAACGCGACGCAGUGCCUGGACUGUCUCUCCAGGGCGCCAGCGGGGAUCACGACGGUGUGCCCGGGCAGCCGGAACGUGAGCGCGGCGUACGACGCGUGCGUGCUCCGGUACUCGGGCACCGACUUCUUGUCCGUGGCCAGCCGCAACGCGGCGUUCUACGUCACCUGGUUCAGCACCGUCGACCAGGCAAGGCUCGAGGACGCGCGCUCGAGCCUGAUGAACCAGCUCGCCAGGACGGCCGCUGUUCCUAGCGAACGAGAGCGCGCCGCUCGCCGGCUCGUCGGACUCGGUGUACGGGCUCGCGCAGUGCACGCGGGACCUGACGGCCAGCGAAUGCAGCUGGUGUCUCACCACAUAUAUCGGUCUGCUGCCAGGGAAUUUCCCGAACAACACCGGCGGCGCGAUCAAGGGGUACAGCUGCUACGUCAGUGGGUGUGGGAGUACUGCAGCAGAGGAGCCAUCCUCGACGCCGCCGACGCACGGCUGAACGGUGAGUUCGACGACCGGGAGAUGGAAACAGUGAUGGCCGUCGGGCUCUGGUGCGCGCACCCUGACCGAAGCCUGAGGCCGUCCAUCACGCAGGCCGUCAACGUGCUGCGGCUGGAGGCGCCGCUGCCAAGCCUACCGGCGAGGAUGCCGGUGGCGACCUACAUGCGGCACCACUCGGUCAAGCACAACAGAGACAAGUACCCUGCUCAAAUGACCACAGAUCGGUGCUUCUGCACCCCGACGAUUUUGAAUGUCUGUAGAUAUGUACAUUUAUGUUCAUACAAGUAUAGUUAG